CUGGUAUUUUCUGAGGAAGUGUAGACAUAUUUCUUGUGUCAGGUUCACACAGAUAAAUACAGAGAGACUUUGAAUGGCAAGAGACGUCAUGGCAUCAGCAUAUAAAGGUGAUUUACAGAAUCUAAGGAUUGUGCUGCUGGGAGUCUCUGGUGCUGGAAAGAGUGCAAUAGGAAAUGCAAUACUGGGUCAAGAGGCAUUUAAAGAGAGCAGAACCAGAGAGAGUGAGAAACAGACAGGAAGAGUAGAAGAGAGAAACAUCUCCAUCAUCGACACUCCAGGAUUCUUCAACACUCAACUGACUGAUGAAGAAAAGAACAAUGAAAUGAUGAAGAGCAUGUACCUCUGUUAUCCUGGUCCUCAUCUGUUCCUGCUCGUCAUCAACCUGGAGACCUUCAGAGAGGAGCAGAGGAACAUUGUGGAGCAAAUUCAGGAGAACUAUGGAGAAGAAGCUUUGAAGUUCACUAUGAUGCUAUUUAUUGGAAGAGAAAAAAUUACAAAUCGAAAGUGGAAGCUCCUCACAGAAAGUGUCAGGUUUCAGGAUCUAGUCAGUCACUGCAGAGGACAAUAUCACACAAUCAACAGUAAAAGUGACAUUAUUCCAAGUCACAUCACAAAACUUCUAGAGAGGAUUGAUGAAAUCAUCAAACGGAAUGUUGGCCAGCAUUAUGACAUUCACAUUUACUUAAGAUUUCCAAUAAAGCACAGAAAAGAAAAGAUAAAACAAGACAAAGAAACAAAAGUUCAUGAGACAAAACAAGAGCAAAUACAAAUAGUGCGGGAGACAAUUCACACGCACAGUGUAAAGGAAAAGGGCAAAACAAAUGUUGUGACUAAAAAGAAAGAUUUUAUUUCUCAUGUGACAAAAAUUCCACAAGAAAACAAGAAUGAUGAUGAAAAAGAGGAGGUCAAACAAUCGAGAAACUGCUUUGAACAUAAGGGAGAAACAAAUACAGUCAAGAAACCAGAAGAAUACUGGACAAUGAGCAGGACAAGAAAAUGGGACCAGAAGGAACAACAGACAGAGCUAGACCAACAUCCAACCCAAGCAGAGUGCACAGAAACGAGGAUUGUGAUGGUGGGUAAAACUGGAGCUGGAAAGAGCGCAACAGGAAACACCAUCCUGGGACAGAAGGUGUUUAAAGAAGAGUUAUGUUCUGAAUCUGUGACUAAGAUAUGCCAGCAACAUCAGCAGAAGGUGAAAGGUCGAAUCAUCUCAGUAAUCGACACUCCAGGACUGUCUGAUACAAAAAUCACUGAAGAACAACUGAAGAAUGAAUUACAAAGGUGUGUAGAAAUGUCUGUCCCUGGUCCUCAUGUGUUUCUGCUGGUCACCAGACUAGAUGUAAGAUUCACAGAUGAGGAAAAAAACACAGUGAAAUGGAUCCAGGAGAACUUUGGAGAAGACGCUGCACGUUACACCAUCAUCCUCUUCACUAGAGGAGAUCAGUUAAAAACAUCCAUAGAAGAGUUUCUGAUUAAUAACGAGCUGUUUAGAGAGCUAGUUGAUCGGUGUAAAGGAGGUUAUCAUGUGUUCAAUAACACAAAAGAAGACAAUCGAUCACAAGUCACUGAGCUGCUGGAGAAGAUCGACAGAAUGGUGGAGGAGAACAGAGGAGAGCAUUACACAAAUGAGAUGUAUGAGGAAGCUCAGAGGAAAAUAGAGGAAGAAGAAAAGAGGAGAAGAGAAGAAGAGGAGAGAACAAAGUUUGAAGAGGAGGAAAAGAUAAGGGAGGAGGAAAGAUGUAGGCUGGUAAAUAAAGCUAAAGAUGCAGUCUUACUGGGAACAGGUAUGGUUAUGGGUGCAGGAGCGGCAGUUGCAGUUAGUGGAGGGACACUCAGUCCAGCUUUAAUCACGGGAGCAGCAGCUGCAGGAGGUGCAGCUCUGACCUCUGCUGCUAAAGGAGCGACGUUAUCUGAAGCUUUAAUGGCAGGAGCAGUAGCUGCGGGAAAUGCAGCAGUGAAAUCUGUUACUGGUGGAGCAUCACUGCCUGCAGCUUUAAUGGGAGGGAUGAGCAAGAAAUGUAAUUCACGUGAUCUGAGGAUUGUGCUGCUGGGAGUCUCCGGUGCUGGAAAGAGUGCGAUAGGAAAUACAAUACUGGGUCGAAAUGCAUUUAAAGAGAGCAGAACCAGAGAGAGUGAGAAACAGAGAGGAAGAGUAGAAGACAGAAACAUAUCCAUCAUCGACACUCCAGGAUUCGUCAGCACUCAUUUGACUGAUGAAGAGCUGCAGGAGCAGAUGAUGAAGAGUCUGCAUCUCUCAGAUCCUUGUCCUCAUGCGUUCCUGGUCGUCAUCAACCUGGAGAUCUUCAGAGAGGACGAGAGGAACAUUGUGGAAAAGAUUCAGGCGAUCUUUGGAGUUCAAGCUAUGAGGUUCACAGUGGUGUUAUUUACUGGAAAAGAAAAAAUGCCAAACAGAGAAUGGAUGGUCUUUAAAUUUAGUAGGAAAUUUCAAGAUCUAGUCAACCACUGCAGGAAUAAUUAUCAUGUGAUCAACAGUAAAACAGCAAUUGAUCCAACUCACAUUGCAAAGCUUCUAGAGAGCAUUGAUGAAAUCAAACAGAAUGUUGACCAGCAUUACAAUGAGAUGUAUUUUAAGUAUCUAAUGAAGCACAGAAAAGAAAAGAAAAAACAAGAGGAAGCAAAGGAGGAGAGAAAAAAGAACAAGAGGGAUGAUAUGCCAGCAACAUCAGCAGAAGAUACAAAGUCAAAACAUCUCGGUGAUCGACACUCCAGGACUGAUACAAAAAUCAGUCAAGUCCAAAUGAAGAAUGAAUUCAUGAAGUGUGUCAGCAUGUCUGCUCCUGGUACUCACGCCUUUCUGCUGGUCAUCAGGCUGGAUGUCAUAUUCACAGAUGAGGAGAAUAACACAGUGAAAUUCUUUCAGAAGAACUUUGGAGAAGAUGCUGCACGUUACACCAUUGUUCUGUUCACUCGAGGAGAUCAGUUAAAAACAUCCAUAGAGCAGUUUCUGGCAAAAAAUGAGCAGAUUAAUGAGCUAGUUAGACAGUGUAAAGGCGGUUAUCAUGUUUUCAAUAACACAGAUCAAGAUGAUCGAUCGCAGGUCACUGAACUGAUAGAGAAGAUAGACAGAAUGGUGAAUGGAAGAGGGCAUUACACAGAUCAGAUGUACAAGGAAGCUCAGAGGAAAAUAGAGGAAGAAGAGAAGAAGCAGAGAGAGGAAGAGGAGAGAAAAAAGCUGGAAGAGGAGGAAGAUGAGCAGCUGUUGGAGGAAGAGCGUUGGCUGGUGGAGGGACACUACGUGCAGCUUUAA